GAAAAAUCCUGCAGGCUUUUACGGGCUGGAUGAAUCUGACCUCGACAAGGUCUUCCGCUUACCCACAACCACUUUCAUCGGUGGAAAUGAAUCGGCUCUUCCGCUCCGGGAAAUCAUCCGUCGGCUGGAGAUGGCGUACUGCCAGCACAUCGGCGUGGAGUUCAUGUUCAUCAACGACCUGGAGCAGUGCCAGUGGAUCCGGCAGAAGUUUGAGACCCCGGGCAUCAUGCAGUUCACCAAUGAAGAGAAACGCACGCUGCUGGCCAGGCUCGUCCGCUCUACCAGGUUUGAGGAGUUCCUCCAUCGGAAAUGGUCUUCGGAGAAGCGUUUCGGUCUGGAGGGCUGCGAAGUGCUGAUCCCAGCCCUAAAGACCAUUAUUGACAAGUCGAGUGAGAAGGGAGUGGAUUACGUUAUCAUGGGGAUGCCCCACAGGGGACGCCUGAAUGUUCUCGCCAACGUGAUCAGGAAAGAGCUGGAGCAGAUCUUCUGCCAGUUUGAUUCCAAGCUGGAGGCUGCUGAUGAGGGCUCCGGCGACGUGAAGUACCACCUGGGAAUGUACCACCGGCGGAUUAACCGCGUCACCGACAGGAACAUCACCCUUUCCUUGGUGGCAAAUCCUUCUCACCUGGAGGCAGCUGAUCCCGUUGUUCAAGGCAAGACGAAAGCAGAGCAGUUCUACUGUGGGGACACGGAAGGGAAGAAGGUGAUGUCCAUCCUGCUGCACGGAGACGCCGCGUUCGCCGGGCAGGGCAUCGUGUACGAGACCUUCCACUUGAGCGACCUGCCCUCCUACACCACCCACGGCACCGUCCACGUCGUGGUGAACAACCAGAUCGGCUUCACGACAGACCCGCGGAUGGCCCGCUCCUCCCCGUACCCCACCGAUGUUGCCCGCGUGGUGAACGCCCCCAUCUUCCAUGUCAACGCGGACGACCCCGAGGCUGUUGUCUACGUGUGCAAUGUGGCAGCAGAGUGGCGCAGCACCUUCCAUAAGGACGUGGUGGUGGAUUUGGUUUGUUACAGGCGCAAUGGUCACAACGAGAUGGACGAACCGAUGUUCACGCAACCCCUGAUGUACAAACAGAUCCGGAAACAGAAGCCGGUGCUGCAGAAAUACGCAGAGCUGCUGAUUUCCCAGGGGGUGGUAAAUCAGCCAGAGUACGAGGAAGAAAUUGCCAAGUACGAUAAGAUCUGUGAGGAGGCCCAUGCGAGGUCCAAGGAUGAAAAGAUCCUGCACAUCAAGCACUGGCUGGACUCCCCCUGGCCUGGUUUCUUCACUCUGGACGGACAGCCCCGGAGCAUGACCUGCCCUUCCACCGGCCUGAACGAAGAGGACUUGACGCACAUCGGUCAGGUGGCCAGCUCGGUGCCGGUAGAGGAUUUCACUAUCCACGGAGGUUUGAGCCGUAUUCUGAAAACCCGCGGGGAGAUGGUGAAGAACAGGACGGUGGACUGGGCCCUGGCGGAGUACAUGGCGUUCGGCUCCCUGCUCAAGGAGGGCAUCCACAUCCGCCUGAGCGGCCAGGACGUCGAGAGGGGGACGUUCAGCCAUCGCCACCAUGUCCUGCAUGACCAGAACGUGGACAAGAGGACCUGCAUCCCCAUGAACCACCUCUGGCCCAACCAGGCUCCGUACACCGUCUGCAACAGCUCUCUGUCGGAGUACGGCGUCCUCGGAUUCGAGCUGGGCUUCGCUAUGGCCAGCCCCAACGCCCUGGUGCUCUGGGAAGCCCAGUUCGGGGAUUUCCACAACACUGCUCAGUGCAUCAUCGACCAGUUCAUCUGUCCUGGGCAGGCCAAGUGGGUCAGGCAGAACGGCAUCGUCCUGCUGCUUCCCCACGGCAUGGAGGGCAUGGGUCCUGAGCACUCCUCCGCCCGCCCAGAGCGAUUCUUGCAGAUGUGCAACGACGAUCCCGAUGUCUUCCCCAAACUGGAUGACUUCGACGUGCGCCAGCUCUACGACUGCAACUGGAUCGUCGUGAACUGCUCAACUCCAGCCAACUUCUUCCAUGUCCUCCGGCGCCAGAUCCUCCUGCCCUUCCGCAAACCG